CUCGCAUACAAGAGUGUGGCAAUCACAAUCUGGAACUCACUUCCAAUCGCCUUCCUAUUCUGUUCUUGCAGCCCGACGCUGUCGAUCUGUCCACAGCCAAGACGUGGCUACCUUACCAGAUCUCAUGACACAAGCUCUAUAAAACGGCAGGAGACAUCCGCAGAGAGUUCCAGGCCUCUCAUUACAUCGGCGUCGGGCUGUUCCGUUUGUUCCCCAGUCCAUUCCGAAUCAUCUACUGUCAAGCUGAGUGCUAGUAGUUUCGUAAUGGCUGGGCAAUCCACCAGCAAAGAGGCUAGAACCACCGGCACUCUUGUGGCGGUUUCUGCUUCGCAAGGCUCAACAGCUGAUGCGACCACGAAAGCGUCGGCCACGGCUUCCCCUAACACGUCUUCAUCGCAGGCAGCCCAUACCACGCUCAGCAGCUCAGCGGUCAACUCCGCGACGGGGAGGCUGUCGCAGAGCCCCACGGAGAAGGCAGCAACGACCACCGCAGGAGGUGACGCCACCCUAACCAGUGGCAGCCGCUCAGUGACCCAAAUUGCCAUCUCGAGCCACACAACCAAUAGCGAGGCUGACGCGCCAACCAUUUCAGUACACGAUGCACCUCAGCAACAAGCGCUAAACCAGAAUCCCGCCGAGACCACCAGCACGAUCACGGACAAGCCGGAGGCUACUUUGUCUACCCCCGUGUUUGUCACCGUGACCAAUGAUCAGACGUCACUUUCCGAACCUCCUGUGUUCACGAGCGUCGGCGUCCCUCCAUCGGACGGACAGGUCGUCAGCGCCACUCGUGUCAUUGCUUCCAAAACCUCCACGAUGGUAGAUCUCCAGGAUACCGUCAAGUGGGCGUGAUUUUCCGGCACGUCCUAUCCUAGUACCGCUUCUGAUCACAUUCCUUCAGCGAUGGACCUGAUCCGGACGCCGAGGACGACUGGUGGGCUCACAAAGGCGGCCCGCUGAGCACGACAGCAAUGCCCAGAC